AUGUCCAGCACCGAGCAAACUUCCGUCUCCCCAUGCUGUGUCACCGGACACGUCCAUGAGGGUACGCCUUUGGGCAAGUUUGAGGUCCUUCACGGCCUCAGGACCUACGUCUCCAACCCCAAGCCAUCAGACAAGCAGACCGUGGUCAUCUUCAUUCCCGACAUCUUCGGUGUCGAUCUCGUCAACACCAAGCUCCUCGCGGAUGAGUGGGCGGCAAACGGAUGGAAGGUACUCCUUCCUGACGUGCUCGAGGGGGAUGCCGUCCCAGACUCUCACCUGAAGGCGAUUGCGCCAAACAUGCGGGACAAGGCGCAGGCGACUCUGGCGAGCAAGGCUAUUGCCACUGCCGAGACUGCUGCCGCUCUUGGGCCGUGGAUCGUCAAGCACCGCGAGGCAGUCGCCCGGCCCAUCUGCGAGAAGUUCUUCGAUGCGGUACGGGCCGACCCAGCAACUGACAAGAUCAUCGCGGUCGGUUUCUGCUGGGGUGCGCGAUACGCCUUCCUCAUGGCCCAGGAGCCUUCCAAGGUUGACGUCGUCAUCGCCAACCACCCCAGCUUCGUCACCGAUGCCGACCUUGAGAACGUCAAGACCCCAUCAGCGCUGCUGAAGGGAGACCACGAUGACAUGUGCACCGACGAUGCCCUCAAGGGGUACGAGACGGUCCUCCAGAAGAACAUGAGCGCCGACAAGGUCUUGCUCAAGAUCUACCCCAACGCGGUCCACGGUUUCACUGUUCGUGGGGACGAUCUCGUCGAGAGCGAGAAGAAGCAAAAGGAAGACGCAGCCAAGGUCGGGAUGGAAUUCGCCAGGAAGUUUGUCUAA